AUGUCGUCCUACAUCGUCAACUUCACCACCGCCCCUCUCCGAGCUGCGACCUCGGCGGCGGUUCGUACUGCUGCUACACGGCCGUCUACCUCCCUAGCCAGCGCCGGUCAGCGCAGCGCCAUGUCAACCACGUCGGGCACGGCCGCGCCCGGUACAUUCAGCCUGGCAAACAAGCGCACUCGCAUCUUGGUCGCGACGGGUCUGUUCACGGGUGGAUUCGUGGAUGGAGCUCUCUACAUGAAGUACACGGGCAACGGGGCUAGCGGGAAGAAACAGGCUUGA